AUGGGUAAACCUAGAGGCAGACGAGACAAGAGAAAAGAGAAGCUCGAGGAGGACAUUGAGGAGACUCAAGCGACCAAUAUCAAGGAAGCAACCCCAUUUUUUGGGCUGCUGGAUUCCACAGAACUGGAAUACUUCAAACAGGCAGAGUCUACGCUUAAUAUAAAUGCUUUUAGUAGCAGCGAGGAACGGGAGUACUUUGUUGCGGGUGUUUACGAGGAAUCGAAGGGCAAAGAGUUGAAGCUUGUUACAAACCAAAUUUGCUCCAAAUUGGUGGAAAGACUCGUUCUGGUAGCCACGGAGCGUCAGAUGAAACAACUGUUCAGUGCAUUCAAUGGUCAUUUCGUUCAGUUGUGCUGCCAAAAGUACUCAUCACAUGUGAUGGAGACGUAUCUGGUCAGAAUGGCUAUGUAUGUGGAGAAACAAAUGACGUCUGAGCCGGAGGAGCCGGAUGCUGACGAGGAAUAUGUUUCCAUGGAAAACAUGCUUCUUUUUCUCUUGGCCGAGAUCAAACCGCAGCUGGAUAAUCUAAUUGUCCACAGGUAUGCGUCACAUGUGCUGCGCGUGAUAUUGCUUAUUUUGGGAGGCAAACAGCUGCCAUCGACGGUGGAAUCUAACUCUGUGCUCCGGUCCAAGAAGUCCAAGAUUGCGCGCAAGAUGAUUGAUAUCAAGGACAAUGAAGACUACAAACGUUCGUACAUGACUCCUUCUUCGUUCAAAGACGAGCUGGCAGACAUUUUGAGGCUUGUGAAUGAACAACACGACACAAAGUCGCUAAGGGAGCUAGCGAUAGACAAGAUUGGGUCUCCGGUGAUUCAGCUCCUGAUACAGCUUGAAGGUAUUGUUGACAAAGAUCGUACGCUGUGGUGCAAAACUUUCAACGUGGUUUCGCACGAAAAGGACUCGAAAGAAGAAGCGUUUGUGGAGUACCUGCUGUCGGACGCUGUUGGCUCUCAUUUUUUGGAGACAGUGAUCUCCACACAGCGUCACAAGAACGUCGAACGUUUGUUCCAGUUUUAUAUGAAAGACCGUGUUUUGAAGCUUGCCAAGCGUGAAACCACCGGGGCAUACGUGAUUCGAGCAUUAUUGAAGAAGCUCAAGCCCGCAGACCAAAAGUUCCUAUUGGACGAGCUGGUUCCGCAUCUCAACGAGCUCAUUGUCAAUGGGUUUGACUUUGGUCAGAGCAUCAUGGAUACUUCACAGGAACGCGGAGAUCAUCUGAAGCCAGAAAUCGUGGAAAAGUUCAUUCAGUUUUUCCGUCUUGGCGAGGAUUCAGACAUAUUCGAAAGCGUUCUCAGACUUUCGACGUCCACGCUGGGGAACACAAGAGACGACUGGCCUACAGCAGAUGAGCGUCGGCGAGCACUCUUUUUGGAGAAGCUUGUCUCAUACGAUUCAAAGUUCUUGCAAGAGUGUGUUGAUGCAUUGAUUGCCAUGGAGCCCGACAAGCUGAAGGCCAUGUGCAAGCACGGCGUCUUUUCGCACGUUGUGGAGAAGUGUUUAAGCAAAGACGUCGACACAAUCAGGCGCAAGAAAAUACUCAACAAACUAACAGACAUCAUCGCAGAACUGGCAUGCCAUGCAACUGGAUCACACAUCGUUGAUUGUUUAUGGGGAUUCACAUUUGGACUUAAUAUGUAUAAAGACAGGGUUGCGAAAAUCCUCUUUGACAAUCGCGAGAUCUUGAAAAACAGUGGCUACGGCCGCCAAGUGUGGAAGAACUGGCACAUGGAGCAGUACUCUAGACGGUAUGCCGACUGGAAGAGAAUAAUAAAAGACGAACUGGUGCGCGAUCAGGAGCCCGAAGAAGAGAAGAAACACAAGCCUAAGUCAAGGUAG